GUCCAAAUUCCAAAUCAUCACAGACGGCGAUUUAUCGAAAUAUCUUAGUUUUACUAAUAAAUAUACAAGUAAACAAACUUGCUAGGGGCGGUUAAGAAGCUUCAGUUAUGGCAAACUUCAAUAAUCCAAACGAUUAUUCGUGGCAAGGGCAAAACACCCAGAACUAUUCUUUCAAUGGUUCCAACACUUUCGGUGAUGGAGCACAGACAUUGGAUUUCCAGUCGUUUCCUGCCGAACAAAACUACAAUUUUGAACAACCACAGGGGUCAAUUCCCCCAAAUAACAAUCAGUACUACAACCCUAACCUGUUUACACCUGCACCGAUCCCUGGGGAGCCAGACAGGGAGCCCAACGACUUUGACGAACCACCUCUACUGGAUGAACUAGAAAUAUAUCCUGACAGAAUCCUAGAAAAAACCUUAGCUGUGCUAAAUCCAUUCCACGGCCAGUCAAAAGCUGAUGAUGCUAAUUUCUUAUUGAGAGACACUGACAUUGCAGGCCCUAUUGCAUUCUGUUUGGCCCUCGCAGUAUGUCUGUUCCUUUCAGGGAAUAAAGCACACUUUGGUUAUGUUUAUGGAUUAUCUGUCCUCUCAGUAAUUUUGAUGUAUUUCUUAUUGUCUCUUAUGAGUCGCAGUGAAGGGGUGUUUACUCUGUUGAGUGUUGCCAGUGUGUUGGGAUACUGUAUGUUGCCACUGGUUGUGUUGGCAGGGUUGGGAAUAUUCAUUUCUUUGGAAGGCACAGUUGGUUUGUCCUUAGCUGGGGUGGCAGUCAUAUGGUCUGCUCUCUCUGCAAGUAGACUUUUUGUGACUAUGUCAGGAGAUUCAGAGCAGAGACCACUUAUUGCCUAUCCUUGUGCCUUAGUUAAUGGAGUGUUUGCUUUACUAGUACUCUUUUAAUUUGUUGUCCUUAAUAACUAACACAUUAGAACUUUAAUCAUAUGUGUACUUUUCCCCGACUUUGUUUAAUUGUAUACUGUGUAAAUAAAAUAAUU